UGUCUCCAGGGAGGUGGUGGUUAAGGGAGAUCUCCCUCACCCCUUCGCUCUGACGCUGUACGAGGACACUCUCUUCUGGACCGACUGGAACACCCAUUCCAUCCACUCGUGUCAGAAAGAGACCGGGGAGGAUCGGAAGAAAGUCCACUCGGACAUCUUCUCUCCCAUGGAUAUACACGUCUACAGCCAGAAGAGACAGCCGCUACUGUCUUCACCAUGCUCCGUGAACAACGGAGGCUGUUCCCAGCUCUGUCUCCUGUCUCCUAUUACACCUCACUACCAGUGUGCCUGUCCCACCGGAGUCCAGCUGCUAGAGGACAGCAAGACCUGCAGAGACGGUCCCACACAGCUCCUCCUCCUGGCCCGGCGGACUGACCUGCGCCGCAUCUCCCUGGAUACGCCCGACUUCACCGACAUCAUCCUCCCGACGGACGACAUCCGCCAUGCCAUCGCCAUCGACUAUGACCCGGUGGACGGACACAUCUAUUGGACGGACGACGACGUCCGGGCCAUCAGGAGGUCCUACCUGGACGGCUCUGACACUCAGUUCAUCGUCACCUCACAGGUGAACCAUCCUGACGGCAUCGCUGUGGACUGGAUCGCCCGGAACCUGUACUGGACGGACACGGGAACGGACCGCAUCGAGGUGACACGCCUCAACGGAACCAUGAGGAAAAUCCUGAUAUCAGAGGACCUGGACGAGCCACGAGCCAUCGUACUGGAUCCUGUAGCUGGGUAACUGCUGUCUCUACUAG